AUGUCCUCAGCUGUAGCAAAGCGCCUCGAGGGCAAGACCAUCGUGAUUACUGGUGCGUCGUCUGGUAUUGGACGUAGUACUGCGCUAGAAUUUGCGCGGACAUCGCCUAAGGAUCUAAAGCUCGUCGUCACGGCGCGUCGCAUUGAGAAUUUGCGUCAGCUCGCCGACGAUAUCGCAAAGGAGGUCGGCUCUGGUGUCCGCGUCUUGCCUGUCAAGCUCGAUGUAAGCAACGCCGAUGAGGUCCGCGGCUUUGUCGCCGGCCUGCCGGAGGAGUUCCGCAAUAUCGAUGUAUUAGUGAAUAAUGCCGGCCUUGUUAAAGGCGUAGCACGCGCCCCUGAGAUUGCCGAGGAGGACAUUAACAUCAUGUUCGCGACUAACGUCACGGGCCUAAUCAACCUGACCCAAGCUGUAUUACCCAUCUUCCUUAAGCGGCCCGACGGUGGCCACGGAGAUAUUAUCAAUGUUGGUAGCAUCGCCGGCCGCGAACCCUACCCGGGCGGCGGCAUUUACUGCGCGACUAAGGCUGCCGUCCGCAGCUUCACCGAUUCCUUACGCAAGGAGCUUGUUGCCUCGCGCGUCCGCGUAAUUGAGAUCGAUCCCGGUCAAGUCGAGACGGAAUUCUCUCUAGUUCGAUUCUAUGGCGACAAGAGCAAGGCUGAUGCUGUCUAUGCUGGAGGUGAAGCUCUAACACCUGAUGAUAUUGCCGAGGUUAUCGUAUUCGCUGCUGGCAGGAGAGAAAAUGUCAUAGUAGCAGACACCCUUAUCUUCCCUAACCACCAAGCCAGCCCUUUUGUAAUUCACAAGAAAUCAUAG